CGCUACCACUUUAGGUUGUAUAAAAGAACGGACGUUCAGACCGGAUCGUCACAUCAACUUCCACAACUCAUGAAUUCAGAUUUGCAUUGCAAACUUCCACAUCUUAUUAUUCCAGCGACCAAAAAUGACUGCUAACUUCAAAAUUAUGUUGCUGAUCGUUGCUAUGAUGUUCGUGGCUGUGACUGUGGCUAAGAAAGUCAAGUUGUAUUACGGAUACGGCGGUUACGGGGGUUAUGGUUACGGGGGCUAUGGCUAUGGCUACCCAGCUUACGGAGGCCAUGGCUACCCAGCAUCAUACGGAGGCCAUGGCUACCCAGCAUCGUACGGAGGCCAUGGCUACCCAGCAUCGUACAAAGGCUAUGGCUACCCAGCUCCAGCUUACGGGAGCUACGGUGGCUAUGAAAAGGGAUAUGCUGGAGACUAUGGUUACGAAGGUUACGAUAAGGGACACGCCGAACCGUACGGCUAUUGAGAAUCUGAAUCCGAUCUUAAGAUGAAAUUUUGAAAUAUUCAACUUUUCAUUCUGUGUGCGCUACAGACUAUAUUAUGUAUUUAUGCAAUGUAUACCCAAAGCCUAUUAUGUGCCUUUCUUUAUGUAUAGCACACAAUGGUCAGCAUAGCGGCAUACAUCGUCGUUUACUUACCAAAUAAACUUGAAAAACGAA